GGUGUUUUUUUUCCCGAGUGUUGCUUGCUUUUGAAUUCCGGUUGUUCCAUGGUUCGCUUGGAGACGAAGAAGCGGUGCAUGAACACGGCGUGCGGCGCGGCGGCGUCGGACGGAGAGUGGCUGAAAGGCUGGGGCUUGAGAUCCGGUGGCUUCGCCGACCUCUGCGGCAAGUGCGGAUUGGCUUUUGAGCAACUUCUUUUCUGUGACAUAUUUCAUGAAAAAGAAUCUGGGUGGAGAGAAUGCAAAUUUUGCUGUAAGCGGCUGCAUUGUGGAUGUAUAGCUUCAAAUGCUUCACUUGACCUACUAGAUUGUGGAGGAGUACAGUGUAAUAGUUGCUUGAAGAAUUCAAAUAUUUCUCCAACUCCUGGCCAUGUUGUUCAAUGUCCGCUGCCUUCAUCACUUAGUAUGCUUCUUGAUUAUCCUAUCAGAGGAAAGAAAGAUGAAAAAGUGAAUGAUUUUGUCAUGUCAAUAGCAGAAGCUACAUCUCAUGUGGGAGAUGCAGGAAGUUCACAUGCUUCAAGUAAAAGUCAAAUUCCAGUUGUAUCUUUUCAUAAUUCCAGACAAGGCGACGGCCGCUUGAGCAUCAAUAUGAGAACUUCCAAUUUUGGAAAUACUUUAACUAAUUGUAACUCAGGUAAUCAACCUAGUGUGCUGCUUCUCCCUAACACAGCCACAGAAGGAAGAGAGCAUAACAAAGCAUUAUCGGCUUUUGAGCAAAUGCAAAUGCUCCACCACCAUUUGGGAAGACUCCCAAAGACAUCUAAUGCUGUUGCAUCAGAAGUAUCUAAGGACAUGUUACCAUAUGUGCAUGUCACUAGGUCACCCAGCCAAGGUCAAGGUCGAAAUCAAAUGCUUCCACGUUACUGGCCAAGAAUAUCAGAUAUAGAACUUCAACAAAUAUCUGGCGACUCAAAAUCCAAGAUUCUGCCAUUAUUUGAGAAAGUACUCAGUGCAAGUGACGCAGGUCGAAUUGGUCGUUUGGUUCUUCCCAAAGCAUGUGCGGAGGCAUAUUUUCCUCCUAUUUCUCAACCAGAAGGCCUACCUUUGAGAAUUCAAGAUGCUAAGGGAAAGGAUUGGGUCUUCCAGUUCAGAUUUUGGCCAAAUAAUAACAGCAGAAUGUAUGUCUUAGAGGGUGUUACUCCUUGUAUACAGUCUCUGCAAUUACAAGCUGGUGACACAGUAACUUUUAACCGAAUAGAUCCUGAAGGAAAGCUUGUCAUGGGAUUUCGAAAGGCAAUACACAACACAAGUUUAGAGAAUUCACAAGUUUCUGCCAUUGAUCAUGGUGCUAUUGGCAAUGAACCCUAUUCUGCAGGAGUAACUGUGAACCCUGUUAAUUUAAGUGGCUAUUUUGGACUUCUUCCAUCAUUGACGGGAACUACAGUUCCACAGUUGAGCACUUUUCCUGAGCAUCUAAGUUCAGCUGGUGCAAAUAUUGGCUGUCAUAAGAUAGGCACACUUGGACAGGAGUCAAAUGAAAGUUUGUCUUUGAAGCCUUCACUUGCUCAAGAUAUGAAAAGAAGUCUUAGUAUUGGUUCAAAAGGCAAGAGGCUGCUUAUGGACAAUGAAUAUGCUAUGGAACUAAAACUUACAUGGGAAGAAGCCCAGGAUAUGCUCCGUCCUCCUCCAUCAUUGAAACCUAGCAUUGUGGAAAUUGAGGAUCAUGAAUUUGAAGAAUACAAGGAACCACCUGUUUUUGGGAAGAGAACUAUCUUCACAAUGCAAGCCUCUGGGGAACUAGAUCAAUGGGUCCAAUGCGAUGAUUGCCUCAAAUGGCAUAGGUUGCCACUAGAUGUUCUUCUUUCCUCAAACUGGACGUGUGCUGAUAACACGUGGGACCUGAAAAGAGCAUCAUGCUAUGCGCCAGAUGAAGUUGGCUCAAGAGAGCUACAGAACAUGCUCCAAUUGAAUGCAGAAUUUUACUCAGAUUUAAGAGGGUCAACUGCUGGCAGCAUUUCGGAAAAUGCCCUCCCAGAACUGGAGGCAUCUGGUUUGGGUGAUGUGUCAACUGCUGCGGUAAUUGAUGAUGAUAAUGUAAGCAAUUGCAUUAUUGCCACCACAACUAGGCACCCCAGACACCGGCCUGGCUGCACUUGCAUUGUGUGCAUCCAACCUCCCAGUGGGAAGGGCCCAAAACACAAGCCAACAUGUAUGUGCAAUGUGUGCAUGACUGUGAAACGCCGGUUCAAGACACUCAUGAUGAGGAAGAAGAAACGCCAGUCAGAAUACGAAGAAUCAGUGGCUAUGAAGAAGCUAGCAUGGGGAUGCGAGGAUGAGAUGGAAUCUGACAGUUCCUUGAAAACUCGGCACCUACAAGAUCCUGCCCCGGAAACUGAAUUAGCAUCAGGCAGUGACAAUUCAAUUACUGAGAAGCUUGAAAUGAGUUAGGGGAUCAUAGAUUUGAACUUUCAACCAGAGAAACAUUCUUGUUCGCAAGCUCGGCAGACUCCUGUUAGCAUGAUUAGUCUUCUUCAGGAGGCAAACCUUCCCUUGGAGAAUUAUCUGAAGCAGAACAAGCUCGCCAACUUGGCUUGUGAGCAUCAAGUAAGCCUGAGUUUGAAUACUUUGCAACAAGUCACCGGAGAGAGUGAGAAGACAGUUGUCGAUAAGAAUCACUUAGUUUCAGUGGCUCAAGUGUCAAUAAGUGGUGUUGUUGAUGAGCAAUGUGCACGAGAGUUAAUUCAAUGAAAUGCUAACGAAGAGAGACAUGCAAUACAUGCUAAACCAAGCUCAUAUUGUAAUAUUUCCUUCGUAGUCAGUUGAAAGCACAAUUAUAGUGAAGUUUUCAAAUUUGUAAAAGGAUGCUUGUUCUCAUUUUUAUUUUGUGCAGCAAGGAUGUUAACAUUGGAAGUUGGAAAUAG